GGGCGGGCGGACAAGAUGGCGGACGGGGACAGCGGCAGCGAGCGCGGCGGCGGCGGCGGGUUCGGGACCGCCCGCGGCGGGGCGGGGGGGGCCGGCGCGGCCGGCCCCGAGCAGGAGACGCAGGAGCUGGCGUCCAAGCGGCUGGACAUCCAGAACAAGCGCUUCUACCUGGACGUGAAGCAGAACGCCAAGGGCCGCUUCCUCAAGAUCGCCGAGGUGGGCGCGGGCGGCUCCAAGAGCCGCCUCACGCUCUCCAUGGCCGUGGCCGCCGAGUUCCGCGACUACCUGGGCGACUUCAUCGAGCACUACGCGCAGCUGGGCCCGUCCAGCCCCGAGCAGCUGGCCCAGGCCGCGGGGCCGCCGGGCGAGGACGGCGCCGGGCCCCGCCGCGCCCUCAAGAGCGAGUUCCUGGUGCGGGAGAACCGCAAGUACUACAUGGAUCUGAAGGAGAACCAGCGCGGGCGCUUCCUGCGCAUCCGCCAGACCGUGAACCGCGGCCCCGGCGGCCCGGGGGGGUUCGCGGGAGGCCCCCCCGGGCUGCAGAGCGGCCAGACCAUCGCGCUGCCCGCCCAGGGCCUCAUCGAGUUCCGCGACGCCCUGGCCAAGCUCAUCGACGACUACGGCGGCGAGGAGGACGAGCUGGGCGGCCCCGGCGGCGGCGGCCCGGGCGGCGGGGGGCUCUACGGGGAGCUGCCCGAGGGCACGUCCAUCACCGUGGACUCCAAGCGCUUCUUCUUCGACGUGGGCUGCAACAAGUACGGGGUGUUCCUGCGGGUCAGCGAGGUGAAGCCGUCCUACCGCAACGCCAUCACCGUCCCCUACAAGGCCUGGGCCAAGUUCGGCGGCGCCUUCUGCCGCUACGCCGAGGAGAUGCGCGACAUCCAGGAGCGCCAGCGGGACAAGCUCUACGACCGGCGCGCCGGCCCGCCGGGACCCGGCAGCGGCAGCGGCGCCGGUGACGACUCCGACGGCGACGACGUGGACGACGACUGAGCCGAUCCCCCCAGCCCUCGACCCCGACGCCGGCCCCCCCCCCCCCCCCCCGAGCCCCGGGGCGAGGGUGGGGCACGGGGGUCCCCGAGCCCCCACGCCCCCCCCUCCUGCCGCCACCGGAGAGAGAGAAACCGGCCCGACCGUGCCGCUGCCCCCCCGCCCCCUCCCCGGCUCCCACCGUGGGACCCCCGGACCCCAGGACUCGCUGCUUUGGGGGGGGGACGGGGGUCACCCGCAGCCCCCUCCCCUCCCGGUGCCCCCCAUCCAAACCAGCACGGGAGGGCCCCGGAGCCGAGCGGCGGGGGUGGGGGGGGCAGCGGAGGCACCUUGGACCAACGGCCGUUCCCUCGGCUUGUGAUUUUCCCUUCAUUUUCCUUUUUUUUUUUUUUUUUUUUUU